GCCGUUGAUGUGAGCUCUAGUGGAGUGAUAAAGACUGUGUACAGUGUUCCUUAUUCUAUGUUCUAAAUUUAUUAUAAGUUUUUAAUCAAUAAAUGUAUUAAAUCUUAAAUGGUGUAUUAGUGUGGUGACCGAGUAGUUAGGAAAUUUGUAGAAAUGGAGGAAGAUGAAGAUGAAAGGAAGGUUUGGCGACCAAAGCUCGCCGCUUUUAGUUCGCUCAACACCCGAGUCGUCCACUCUUCUUUAGAGGAAGGUGUUGUACUGCAGCAGGCAUCUGCUGAGUCUACCGAUGCGAACACGUCUAGCAUAUCAGCGGCACAGUUUAGUGAUAGAAGCUUUGUAUCAAAAACCAGCACAUUCUCGCGAAGUGGCACUUCUAGUUCUAGUCAAGAGGAAUGUGAGGUGGCUCAGACAACAAUAACAAGUGGUCAGUAUUUGGCAGCUGCGCGUGUUGAAACAGCACGAUCAAUGGAGAGCCUCCGUCCAAGUAAAGAUUCGUCGCCGGCGCGCCCUGCAAGCUCGUGUACAUCUGUCCGCGUUCAUCGCAGCUCAUUUCUUACAGCUAGCGAAAGAGAUGUUCGCGAAACGAGGGGUGCGCCAGCGCGUAGGGCUCUCUCUGGGGAGGACAUGGGGAAUGCGGAAAAGAGGCGAGGAUUGUUUGCAAGUACGGAGCGGCGCGCCUUACAACAGCUGAGCUUGCCCCCGCCUGAGAGGCGACUGACUAUUUUAAGCCCACAUAGCCCGAUGGCAACCAGUGAACUACAAUGGCCGGCGCCUUCGGGAAUUCGGGGCAAGCGAAAGAAAGGAAUGGUUCUACCUAAACUAAUAUUGCCUCGCAGCGAUUCAGACGGCUCAGAUGUUUUCUUUGAAAGCUUCGAUGUGGAGAAUGGCGGGGCGGGCGGCGGGGCGGGCGGCGCGCGGUCUCCGCUCGAGGGCGGCUCGCCGUCCACCGCCCUCGUCCUACAGUCACUGCCGCAGCGCCGCGAAUCCUUCCUCUACCGAUCUGACUCCGACUUCGAAAUGUCACCCAAAUCCAUGUCACGUAACAGCUCCAUUGCCAGCGAAAGAUUCAAGGAUGUGGAGGCAGCACAACUGGAUAGAGCCCAUGGAGAAGACUUGAUAGUGACGCCUUUCGCUCAGGUACUAGCCAGCCUGCGAAGUGUACGAACCAACUUUUUAUGCCUCACCAAUGUUCCAGCUUCUAAGUCUCGGAGAUCGUCAGGCGCAGCUACCGCUGCAACUCCUCAGCAAAAAAAUUUCAACUCUGGAGAUGAAGCCUACAUGAAGCUCGCUCUGGAGACAGUGGAAGAACUGGACUGGUGUCUGGAUCAGCUGGAGACGAUACAAACACACCGCUCCGUCUCUGAUAUGGCAUCACUUAAGUUCAAACGGAUGCUGAACAAGGAGCUUAGCCACUUUUCGGAGUCCAGCAAAUCCGGAAACCAGAUUUCGGAGUACAUCUGCUCUACAUUUUUGGACAAACAACAAGAGCUCGAUCUGCCGUCACUGCAAGUGGACGAGAGCACUGAACGCACCAAGAAAAAAGAAAAACCGCGUCAUGGCGGACCUGCGACUACUAUGUCACAAAUAACUGGUGUCAAACGGACUCUCACACACACAAACAGCUUCACAGGAGAACGUGUGCCACGAUACGGUGUUGAUACUCCGCACGAGGAAGAACUAGGCAAAUGUUUAGCAGAAAUCGACCGCUGGGGUGUCGACAUAUUCCGUAUCGGAGACCUAUCUGGUGGUCGCCCCUUGACUGCGGUAGCUUAUGCUGCAUUUUCAUCAAGGGAACUGCUGGCUACACUUCAAAUACCUAACAGAACGUUCCUCGCCUUUGCAGUGACACUUGAAGAGCAUUACAUUCGUGACAAUCCCUUCCACAAUUCUCUUCAUGCAGCUGACGUCACACAAUCUACAAACGUUCUCCUGAACACGCCGGCACUCGAUGCCGUCUUCACACCUAUAGAAAUAUGCGCUGCUCUGUUUGCGGCCUGCGUACAUGACGUGGACCACCCGGGACUCACUAACCAAUUCCUGGUCAACUCUAGCUCCGAAUUAGCUCUAAUGUAUAACGACGAGUCAGUCCUGGAAAACCACCACCUCGCCGUGGCCUUUAAACUGCUGCAGAACGAAGGAUGCGAUAUAUUCGUAAACCUACACAAGAAACAGAGGCAGACGCUGAGGAAAAUGGUUAUAGACAUGGUGCUGUCCACCGAUAUGUCCAAACACAUGAGCCUUCUCGCAGAUCUGAAAACAAUGGUAGAAACUAAGAAAGUUGCCGGCAGCGGUGUUUUAUUGCUGGACAAUUACACUGACAGAAUACAAGUCUUAGAGAAUCUCGUACAUUGUGCCGAUCUGAGUAAUCCAACCAAACCCUUACCUCUGUAUAAGCGGUGGGUCGCGUUGCUAAUGGAGGAGUUCUUCCAGCAAGGAGAUCGGGAGAGGGAGCACGGGAUGGACAUCAGCCCUAUGUGCGACAGGCAUAACGCCACGAUAGAGAAAUCUCAAGUCGGUUUCAUCGACUACAUCGUGCAUCCCCUGUGGGAGACGUGGGCGGAUCUGGUCCACCCCGACGCUCAAGAUAUUCUGGACACGUUGGAGGAGAACAGGGAUUACUACCAGAGCAUGAUACCGCCAUCUCCACCGCCUGCACCUAUUCAAGCGCACUCGAAUGUGGACGACGAUCGCCCGGAUCAGAUCCGCUUCCAACAUUGUUUCUCUCGCCAGGUGACGCUCGAGGAGGGCGAAGGCUCGGAAGAAUGCGAGGGCGAAGGGGACGGUGGGAUGUGACGGAAGUUGUUGGGAAUCUGCAAGAAACUCUCUGAGAAGAUGCAAGUUUGGUGGAAGCUCUGGCAGUGAGCGGACUCCGCCGCCUGACCACGGCCCGAGGCUUGUCGGAUCACACUCGUUGACGCUUAUACCAGUUUAACCGACGAAAUGAGACGAACGCUCGGGUCUCGUGUCAUUUCGUACAUUUAUUUGUAUGUGAUUAUUCGCAGUGUUUAGAGUUACCUAACGACUAAAUAUAUCCCUCCAAUGACUGUAUCGUUCGAUUGUUUAGUGUUUUGUAACUACGUUUUUUGUCUAACCAAAGAUAUGUCUCUUUUAGUUAACUCUCGAUUUCCCUGUACGUAGCUGGUCUCUGUAAAUUCGUGUAAGUAGAUUUAGUGUCGACGCCAUAAUGUCGAUUAAUGUAAGAACAUUGAAACGCUUAUUAAUUGGUAUGAAAGGGUAAUUUAUAUUGUCAUAUCAUCCAUAUUUCUCAUUAUAUACGGGUUCGCGCUAAUGAUGUUAAUCACAAAAUUUAUUAACAUUUAGAUAUUAUCUACCUAAACGUGAUUUAAGGUUAAAUUCUUCGAUUUCUGUCUUCUCUGGAUAUUAUAUAUUCGGUCAGUCACUUGUAAAAAGACAGUCUACUUAGUUCAAUUGUUUUAUCGAUGGCACCUCAUUUAUCAUAAGGAUCGCUGGCGAUCCCGUUAUUUUCUCUUAGAGUAAAUUAUUAUUUUUGUAUAUUACUUAUAAACUUAGUUAUCCAAAAAUUUGUGAAAUUGAUGCGACUAACGGCUUGAGAAGUGUGAAGUACUAACAAUGGUGUGGUUUGACCAAGGCGUUGAUAAACAGGCCGGGUUUUGCAAUAGUAAUAAUUAGUGUAGAUCAAAACCUAUGCGCACAACACCAUAAUGCUUCUGUACCUGUGCGUUUGAACUAUUUUCUGUUCCUGACAAACACUGAAAUAAUCUAUAAAAUGUAUUAUUUGCAUUUCAUAGUUCCGUUGACUUUUUUUACAAUAAGUUUUAUUAUGAGCUGGUCUCUGUGUGUACUCAAUGCUAUCUCUUGAUUAAAUGAAUAAUUUGUUCCUAUCUAUA